ACGUAAAAAAUUGCACAUGUUUGUUUUGUUUUGGGCUCGGCACAACUUUGCCGGGAUAAUCGGAUUUGGAGAGCGAAAUUUAUAGCUUUGCCCCCAGAAACAUGGUUUUUACAUCGGUGGUGAACUUUGUGCGCUCUCGGGGACCGGACGAGUUCUGGAGAAAGCGCAGGAUUUUCAAACUAGCCGCACACUACAUCGGUCGUCGGCGCAAUUGCUAUUCCAUUGCGAUUCGAAAUGUAAACCGAGCCCUUGCAUACGCCACGAAAGGACGUGAGCUGAAGAAAGAGGAUAUGCGAGAGCUGUGGACACAGCGAGUCAAUGCAGGGUGCGAGCAGCAUGGUAUGCAGUUUGCCGACUUCCAGUAUGGGCUGUAUCGCAAUGAUAUUCUGUUGAACCGGAAAGUGCUGGCCGACUUGGCCAUUUGGGAACCGAGAACGUUUGAGGCGCUUGCCAAGAUAAGCCAGCAAGUUCCAGAGGAGGGAAGCGGAGAUAAAUAAGUGAUUCAAUAAGUAUGUAGCCCUUGGAAUAAAUCGAUGUAAAAAGUAUUAAAA